CUAGCCCGGAAGAGUUGACAUCUCACUGUUUGCUUGUAUCAGCUAAAACUGACAACAUAAGAGCGAGUUUAAAAAGAACUCCAGAUGCGGCUAAAAGACCCUUUUUCUUUGAAAGCCGCCGAAAUGACAAAGCGGACUAAUAAACCAAGGAAACCUCGAGAUGAGGAGUCAUCAGAUGAAGUCAGUGGACUGACGUGUCAGCACGUGAAUAAAGCUGUGGACCUGAGCUCGGUGAAGAAGUCAGUCCUAUCGAGCGUGUGGUUGGUCUGUUCCGAGUGUCUGAAGGAGAGGACGAUGAUCGACGGAGAGCCAGCAGCGUCCCACGACAUCCUCGUGUGCUUAAAGUGUGGUUUUCAGGGCUGUAACCAGUCAGGGGUCCAGCAUGCUGUCAGGCACCACCAAGCCUUCCAUCCAGAGUCGCACUGCAUCACCAUCAGCCUGAGCACGUGGAAGGCCUGGUGCUUUGAAUGUAACGAGGAGCUGUCGACUCACUGCAACAAGAAGGCUCUGGCUCAGACUCUCGACUUUUUACAGAAGCACUCUGUCAAGGCAACGUCAGCGGUUUCACCCAAGAUCAUCAAGCUGCGAGAAGAAGCUUCAGAGUACUCCGACCCAUCCAAAGGAAAGAGCCCAGUCAUCAACAGCACUUUGGUCCCUGUUAAAGGAAUAACCAACCUUGGCAACACCUGCUUCUUCAAUGCUGUCAUGCAGAACCUGUCGCAGACACACAUGCUCAUUGACCUGAUCCAGGAAGUGAAGGAGAAAGGGUACAAGCUGAAGAUCUGUCCGCCUGUUGAAACAAAUUUGAAUCCUCUAAUGGUCACACUGCCCACUCCGGAGCCCCUAACUUCAGCUAUGAUUCACUUCCUGCAGAGCAUGAAGGAGUCAGGGAAAGGCCCCGUUAAUCCAAAAACCCUCUUUAACCAGCUCUGCCAGAAAGCUCCACGCUUUAAGGGCUACCAACAACAAGACAGUCAGGAGCUUCUGCACUACUUGCUGGACUCCAUACGAGUAGAAGAAACCAAAAGGGUGAAAGCUGCCAUUUUGAAAGCUUUUAACAAUCCCACGGAGAAGACUGCAAAUGAGGAGACUAAACGCCAAGUGAAAGCGUACGGAAAAGAAGGUGUGAAGAUGAACUUUGUGGACCGCAUCUUUGUCGGCGAGCUUACCAACACAAUUAUGUGUGAGGAGUGUGAGCAUAUCUCCACAGUAAAGGAAGCCUUUAUAGACAUCUCUUUACCCAUCAUAGAGGAGAGGAUAUCUAAACCAUCCAACCCUGGUCGCCUGGGGAAGGCCCCCCGUGAGCUGGACGCUCAUACCGCACACAGUGAGCAGGUUCUUUCUGCAGCGCAGUCUGUCUGCAAGAACACCCGGAAGCUGAACGGACAGAAACAGCUGAACAGGAGGUCUUCCAGCUCUGUGGAGGAGAAAGGAGCAGACUGUGGUGUGGACCGACCAGAGGAGGAGGGUGUAGCUGGUGGAUCAGCUCGUGGUGUCUCGGUGUGUAAGAUGGCGGCGGCUGGCAGCCUGUCAGACGGCAGCGAAAGAGAUUCAGGAGCUCAGGACAGCAGCAAUGAUGCUGACAGUGAGGCCUCCGAGAGCGAGUGUUCACCACGCACCUCCAGCCACGGUCACAUGUCCACGCCAUCAUCAGCAUCCACCCUCACUCCGUCCCCUACCCCUGCCUCUUCCUCGUCUCCCACUGCAUCAUCCUGUUCCGUGAGGCAGUGUGGCGCUGUAGAGCAGCUAGCUACAGCAGUUUCUAAAGUCAACCUCAGCUUCUCGCCCAGCGACGUCUCCACUUCCACCCACUGUUCGCCUGAUGAGCAGGGGGGUACUCAAACCAGAGAGAAUCUCCACCAUCAGCACCAUCAGGGAGCGUUCCAGGUUCUGUCCCACAGUUACACCCCCUGCUCCAAGGAGUGCUCCAUCCAGUCCUGUCUGCACCAGUUCACCUCCAUCGAGCUGCUGAUGGGCAACAACAAGCUGCUGUGUGAGAGCUGCACCGACCGCAGGCAGAAGCAGCUGCGCAAAAGCAGCUCUGCAGAUAAGAAGGUGGAAAAGAUUUACACCAGUGCCAGGAAGCAGAUGUUGAUUUCUUUGCUUCCUCCUGUCAUCACGUUGCAUCUAAAGCGUUUCCACCAGGCAGGGAUGAACCUUCGAAAGGUGAAUCGCCAUGUUGACUUUCCUCUCAUCCUGGACCUGGCUCCUUUCUGCUCCGCAUCUUGCAAGAACCUGGCAGCCGGUGAGCGCGUCCUGUACAGCCUUUACGGGAUUGUUGAACACAGCGGCUCAAUGCGAGGAGGCCACUACACCGCAUAUGUUAAAGUCCGUGCUCCCCAAAGAAAAUCAGAGCGGCGCCACAAGAACCUGUCAGGUGCAAGAGAUGCCGGCAGCAGCUCCCAGAGCCAGUGGGUGUACGUCAGUGAUACCACUGUUCAGACGGUCCCGGAGUCCAGGGUACUCAGCUCUCAGGCAUAUCUGCUCUUCUAUGAGGAAAUGCUCUAAUUUAACCACUCAAAGUAUCACAAGUAUUUUCCUGCAUAUCUAUUUCACUAUAGCUCCUUUUACUCUAUCAGGAGGCAAGAAAGGGAAAUACAUAUCCAUUUACUUCUUUGACUUAAUGCAAGAAAAGAAAAAUAUUUAACUUAAUUUCUAGUUUACUGCCCAGAAUUUUUUUUUUCAUAUCCUAAUUUAAAACUC